UGAGGCAGGUCCAGAUAGUCGAUACGAAGCGUCCUUGCGCUGCCUGAGCAGCAGGGGGGGAUAGUCAAUUACAGUGCCUUGGCGCUAGGAGCUGAAUGGAGUCAGGGUCAAUUAAUUACAUGGGCCCUAAUGAGUGGGCUUAUUAGGGCCAACUGUGCUCGUACCAGAGGUUGUCAUGGCAACACAGAGGCCUAGGUUUUUGUGUUAAUCAGCCUAGUUGUCAAGGACAGUCUGUGGUUGUGUAGGGCAGGUAGGUAGGUACGGUUAGUGUAUAGUGGUGUUGAUAUUUUUUAUGUUUGGAUCGCCAUCGUGAAACACUGGUGUGUAACACGAUGUUUGGCAAUGAGUGUUUGUGUGUUUGCUGGUGAUUUCUGAGAACAGCACUAAUUAACCUCCGUGAGUGCUGCUGUGUGGCGUGUCCCCAGUGAGGAUUAGCUAUUAAUCAUGUUUAUCAAACAAACAUUUUAAUCUUACAGGCAUUUAACACAAAAUACCUUUCGUACAACCUAGACUUUUGGGUUUCUUGCCCUGUUUUUCAAAUUUGUCUGCUAAGGAUCUUUUUGUGAUAGUUGCACAGGGACAAUCACCAAGCAUAGGACUACAUUACUGGUUUUCCUGUUCAUUGUAAUGGAGGGAGAUGUAAAGGUCAUUUUGUUCGGUUCCUUCUGUUGGUCUCGGGGUGUUUUGUGAGAACCAGAAGAGCAGCAGUUGUGUUCUGUGGAACUGGAAAUUCAGUGAGCCACUCCAACUGCAGUUUUUAGCCCUGGCUCAGGGGCUUGUUUUGCCUGUUAAUCAGUGAUUAACUCAAACCGCUCCAAAACAACGAGGUCUCCACUCUGAUCUGUGGGGUAUUGCAUUAAGCUUGACCAUGGGAAAAAAGAUUAGCCAGCUUCCCGCGACUGAAAGCGUGGUGUGGGAUUGUACGGAGGUGGACUCGGCGCAGGGUUACGGAAGACUGUGGUGAGCUGUCCUCCAUGAAUGGCCCUCGGUAUCCAUCCCCUGCAGAGCUGGAUGCCUUUGCCCAGAAGACGGCCAGCAGCCCCCUGUCCAUCAAGAUCUUCCCAUCCAACAUCAGAGUGCCGCAGCACAAACAGCUGAACAGGACGGUCAACGGCCUGGACACCACAUGCACCCAGCACUACAGUCCCUACUCAGGAGCCUACCAGGGCCUACUGGGUGUUGUAAAGGCCUCCGUCUCCGUGGUCAAAGGCGUGCUGAAAAAUUCUGAGGGCAAGAGGACGAAACAUUCCCCCGCCCAAACUGCAGCGGCACCAUACAACCUUUUCUGUAACAACAGACACGGGCAGCAGAAGAGCUACCGCAUAGGCUCCUGCAAGCCUCAUGACGGGCCAAAUGUGUCUGUACCCUCUAAUAUCAUUGGGGCUGCGUCAGUCAUUCCCACCCCGGUAGAGCAGACUCUGGCCCCUCAGUCGGACCUGGACGUCCAGAGCCUGCUGAGGCAGAUAAACAGACACACCCACAGCCAGGCCCUGCAGCACGGGGGAGGGGCCCAGCCAAGCCCUUCCCUUCAGGCUGUGGCCGCUGUAGCCUGCUCAGACUCUGGCUUUACGCUGGGAGUAGCGCCCCAGAGCAGUCUGGCAUAUUCGGGGGCCGUGCUGCCCACCCAGAGUGCAGAUAUGGCCAAGGCUGGCUACCUGGACAGAGUGGAUUAUAGCACAUGGCAGCACAAACAACAGCAGCAGCACUAUCAACAUGGGGCGCUAAGGAUAUACAACAAUGCUCGGAUGGGCAGCGGGGGAGGUGCCGUGGUCAGCCGCUCUCCAGAGAAUUGUCUCCCUUUGGCCUGCUCGGCACAGCUCUCCUAUAGGCCUCACCCCCUCAGUGCAGGCACUAACGGGGCAGGAGCAGGGAUAGGGCAGGACCGGGUUAGCUCCUCCCCUCUGAACUGUGCUGCCAUGCAUGGGGAGUUCUCUGUGGGCCAGUACUUCGCCCCUCCCUGGAACAGUGUUCUGGUCACUCCGGACAGCGACUGUUACAACCCUCAGGAGCUGCUGCCUGGCUCCUCUAUUGUCCGGCCCAGAGACAUGGGGCUCUCCCACCCUCAUCCAAACCAUCACCCCAACCGCCAGCUCCACCCCCACCCUCACCCCCAGGCCUAUGCCACAGACCAAAGCCUGGGCCUCUGUUUUGGGCUGCCAAGCACCAGCCUGUGCCACGCCUCUGUGCUGAGCAGCAGCCUGCAGUCUCUGGAGUGCCUGAUCAGUGAGAUCCACCCACCCUGCAUUAAGGAGCGCAUGCUGGGACGAGGCUAUGAGGCGGUAGGGAUGCCCCAGCUACUGGACCACAACCUACAGCACACCCACAUUCAGCUGCCUGUGUUCCGAUAAGACGGGAUAUAUCCACACAGGGCAUACAGUGCCUUCGGAAAGUAUUUAGACCCCUUGACUUUUUUCCACAUUUUGUUACGUUACAGCCUUAUUCUAAAAUUGAUUUUUUUAAAUUAGCAACAUUUUUAAAAAAUGUUUCCAAAUGUAUAAAACUUUUAAGACAGAAAUAUUAUUUAUCUAGGUAUUCAGACCCUUUGGUAUGAGACUCGAAAUUGAGCUCAGGUGCAUCCUGUUUCCAUUGAUCGUCCUCGAUGUUUCUACAACUUGAUUUGUAGUAAAUUGUGGUAAAUCCACCUGUGGUAAAUUCAAUUGAUUUGGAAAGGCACACACCUGUCUAUAUAAGGUUGACAGUUGACAGGUCAUGUCAGAGAAAAAAACAAGCCAUUAAGUCAAAGUAAUUGUCCGUAGAGUUCUGAGACAGGAUUGUGUCGAGGGAAGGGUACCAAAAAAUGGCUACAGCAUUGAAGGUCCCCAAGACCACAGUGGUCUCCUUUUGUUCUUAAAUGGAAGAAGUCUGGAACCACCAAGACUCUUCCUAGAGCUGGCCGCCUGGCCAAACUGAGCAAUCGGGGGAGAAGGGCCUUGAUCAUGGAGGUGACCAAGAACCCGAUGGUCACUCUGACAGAGCUCUAGAGUUCCUCUGUGGAGAUGGGAGAAACUUCCAGAAGGACAACCAUCUCUGCAGCACUCCACCAAUCGGUCCUUUUAUGGUAGACUGGCCAGACGGAAGCCACUCCUCAGUAAAAGGCACAUGACAGCCCGCUUGGAGUUUGCCAAAAUACACCUAAAGGACUCUCAGACCAUGAGAAACAAGAUUCUCUGGUCUGAUGAAACCAAGAUUGAACUCUUUGGCCAGAAUACCAAGUGUCACGUUUGGAGGAAACCUGGCAGCAUCAUGCUGUGGGGAUGUUUUUCAGUGGCAGGGACUGGGAGACUGUGGCAGGGACUGGGAGACUGAACAGGAAAGAGGAAAAGAUGAACAGAGCAAAGUACAGAGAGAUCCUUGAUGAAAACCUGCUCCAGAGCACACAGCCAAGACAAUGCAGGAGUGGCUUCGGGACAAGUCUUUGAAUGUCCAUGAGUGGCCCAGCCAGAGCCCGGACUUGAACCCGAUCGAACAUCUCUGGAGAGACCUGAAAAUAGCUGUGCAGCGACGCUCCCCAUCCAACCUGACAGAGCUUGAGAGGGUCUGCAGAGAAGUGGGUGAAACUCACCAAAUACAGGUGUUCCAAGCUUGUAGCGUCAUACCCAAUAAGACUCAAAGCUGUAAUCGCUGCCAAAGGAUGUGUGUCCAAUGUGUCGGAGGAAACACUGUACACCUGGCGACCGUGUCAGCGUGCAUGCGUGUCACGCCAAAGGAGUCGCGAGAGCGCGAUGGGACAAGGGCAUCCCGUCGGCCUAGGUCUCCCGGUCUCGGCCGGCUGCGACAACCCUGUAUCGAACCAGGAUCUGUAGUAACGCAGCUAGCACAGCAGUGCCUUAGACCGCUGCGCCACUCAGAAGGCCCAUUUGCUAAACAUUAUAAAGAGCUAUUUUUGCUUUGUCAUUAUGGGGUAUUGUGUGUAGCUUGAUGAGGGGGAAAAAACGAUUUAAUCAAUUUUAGAAUAAGGCUGUAACAACAAAAUGUGGAAAAAGUCAAGGGGUCUGAAUACUUCUUGAAAGCACUGUAUACUGUAUAACAGUAAAUAUGCUGUAUAACAGGAACUCUAUGGAUGCAGCGUUUCAUUUUGAAGCGACCACCUCAGAAUGAGAAAUGUACAGUACCUUUUAUUUAGUGUGUGUGUGUUGUAUUGGUAGAGGGCUAUGUGGUUUGGAUGUGACCAAGUGUUUUAAACCUUUAAAGGGUAAUGAUAAUCAUGACCUAAAGGGUCAUCUCAUUUGACAUCUUAAUGUUUUCAUUUCGGAGGGUUUGUUAACCAAUCAUAUCAGUUCACAUCUUCUGGGAGUUCCUCAGAAGAUUCCAGUGCUGUGCACUUUGUCAGAAUCGUGUUUUGGAGCUUGUUUUUCCAUCUGUCCAUUGUUUAAUUUUUAAACCAUUUAAAAACAGUAUGGCGAAAAGGUGACGUGCAGGCAAUCCCCCUAUUGCCCUUUACAAAGUGCCAAACUGGAAAAUUUUAUACUUAGGGGAUACAAGGGCACAGCUCCAGGGCUCAAGACUGUCAUGCUUUAACCCUUACACUUAACUGACCAAUAAAGGUCACUGAUUAUAAUGCACUGCUGUAAGAAUGGCAAAGAGUAGGUUAGACAUGGGGAAAGGUGUCUGGGAUCUGUUAUUUUAAAAUAAAAACUUGAAUAUUUCUUGUCGUUUUGUAUUUUUCUUUGGCAUAACCUGUGUUGGCUGCUAAUGGAGCAUAAUGUAUUUUAUAUAAUGAUUGACCUUUUUUUGUUAAUGUUUUGUCUGAUCUUUGAUUACUGACUGUCUGUUGCUAGGCUGCAUGUCAGAUAUCUGCAAGCCAUCACCGUUAAUGUUUGAUCAUUUAAUUUAUUGGAAUGACAGAGAAUUAUGUUUUACCCAAAACAACACUGAGACAUUGAGGACAGGAUGUGCCGUUUGAUUAUCUAAUUUGUUCACAUCUUGCUAUUUUCUUAGCUUUUGUUGACAUUCAUCAUUCAUCCUUUUAGGUCUGAAUGACAAAAAUACUACCUUAAUCAUCAGGAGUCCCUCAGAGUUUCCCGGUGACAGGAGAACUGUGAAAGCAUGACUAUCAAAGUCCAUGGAAGACCAUUUGAUUUACAAAUUAGUCGAGUUCACUGGAUAGGUGUCCCUGUUUUCACAAUCACUGGAGAACAGGCAUUCCUUAUACAGUCACUGCUUUUCUGUCAAUGUUUUCUUUCUAAAUAUGAUAUGUAUUUAUUUGAUUUGGUGGUCUUAUUUGAUGGCCUGAGAAGUAUGGCUAUAUAAAGAAUCUCUUUAUGUCAGCACUGUCUAAGAUAAUUGCUUUUUAUUUUCUUCAACCAGUUAGUCAGGAUUUAUGUUGGUUAACAACAUAAGUAACCGACUCAAUGACUAUGAAGUGCAAUUAUAAUAUGGAACAGUGAGGCCUCUACAAACAUGUUGAAAUGACUACAUUUACAUGAGUACAUGUAUGACCCCAGACUCCCAUACCCAAUCCCCUAUUCUUAAUUAAGAUUGUCAAAUAAAAAAUCUAAACCCA